UCCUCAUUCUUCCGGAACGAUCAACGCUCGUCGGUUCGUACGAAAGUACUGUAGUUUUGCGCUUAUUGAACUCUCCGAAUUUCCGACGUCAUGCUGAAGCCCCUGCUGCUUCUGUGCUGGACCGCGAUAUUCGUGUCAGCUGGUGACCAGAAGACUAAUGGUACCAGUGGCGCGACUGUUUUCUCGCCUCAAGAGAGAGCAACUGUAGAGCCAUUAAUUGACACUAAAUCAACAACCAUCCCGAGCAGCGCACAUGUGCCAUCUGAAUCGGAUGCGGACAAACCAAAAGUAUCACUCUUAAGCACCUCAGAUGAAAAAACACCCGAUUCUACUACGGAGGUUAUUAGUGUAACACCUCCGACCACCAAGUCGACUACGAUGUCAACUACAUCUACUACACCAUCAAGCACUACACCAUCGAGCACUACACCAUCGUCGACUACAACGAUCCCAACCACCGUUCCUAGUAAUAUUACCACACCAGCGCCGACUCCUGUUCCUCCGCCAAAAACUAAAAAGUGGACGGUCAAACAGAACGAUACAUUGUGCAUCAUUGUCCAGAUGGCUGCACAGUUUGAUUUCUCCUACACCGUCAACAAUACGACGAUCCAGAAGACGAUAGACGUACCCAGCAACAGCAACGCGACGGGAACAUGCGGUAAUACCGAGCAGAAUAUCAUGGUGUCGUGGUACACGCAGAACGAUUCUAGACAAUUGAACAAUUUCACGCUGCAUUUCGUGAAGAACGAGACGAUCAAGCUGUACUCUCUUCAUCACUUCGAGAUCUCCCUCGCGCCGGAAGAAUUCCCAGCUGAUAAGUGGAAUAAGACCGUGACAUUGGUACACAUGGUACCGCAAUAUGAGACUAGAUUGAGUGACUCUUACAGAUGUCUCAAAGAGCAGAAGUUGGACUUGCAUGUGAACGGUGUGAACGAAACCGUAGGGCAUCUGACGGUAUCUAAUUUGCAGUUCCAAGCUUUCAGGACUGACAACAAAACCAUUUUUGGCCUAGCGAAGGACUGUGCGUUCGACACGCCCGACAUCGUCCCCAUAACGGUGGGUUGUGCACUGGCGGGUUUGGUAGUAAUUGUACUGAUCGCGUACCUCGUCGGCCGUAGACGAAGCCAGGCCCGUGGUUAUCUUAGCAUGUAAGCGCUAAGUGGAAGUCCGCGCAAUAAGAUCUUUUUCUUUCUUCACCCUCUUUUUUUUAUCGUUAAACAUAUUUUUUUUUAUUACAAUUUUCCAUUAACGGAAUUGUCUUAUUAAGAGUUUAUGUAGUUGUACUUUGUGUUCUAUAGCCAUGAAGGCUGUGACACGUUUAAAAAAAAAAUAUAUAUUAUAUAUAUGCGUAUAUAUAUAAUAUAGUUCGUAUGUUUAUAAAGUUAUCACGAUUGCGUGCGGCAAUAUUAGGAGAAAAACGAAAAGAAAAAAAAAGAGAUAUAUGUAUCGCGGAUUCGAUACAGGGUGAUAAUUCCGAAGUAACGUGCUCCAUUUUAGGAAGACGAUUUACUUUCUCUCUAACAAUACAAACCUCAAUUAAUCUAGUUAAGUUGUAGAGGAUCUACGUUAUGUGUCUGUGCUGCUACUCGACUACGAUCGACAGCGAGGAUUACCUGUUUUUUCGAUGAGCGUCUGACAAAACGAAAACCAGGAAUAUUCGUUUCGAUAGACACGCGUUAGUAUAAAUAAAUACAAAUAAAAAUAUAAAACUCGAUACUCUAGGUAUUUGCUGAAUCCGCAGCUUCUCGUAACAAGAUACAGUACGUAAUUCAUAGCGUUCCCUCCCCCCUGUUUUCUUUUUUUUCGUUUCUUUUUGUUUCUAUAUUUUUACGAAAGAAAAGGGAACAAUCAUUUCCCGGCUUUAAUUAGCGCGAUACAACGUAUCGCUCUUUAAUUACCUUUGUACGUGUCGAUGUACGUUUCUUUUGAUUGCUUGCAUACUCGAGUCCUUUUUCUGUUUCCGUUCUAUAUAUAUAUAUAUAUAUAUAAUUUUUUUUUUUUUUUUAAUUAAAAGUACCGUGAAGUAAUGGCAGUCGUUUACAGCCCUAGGCGUGCGUGCGUGCGUGCGUCAGAAACAGUAUGAAGGAGCACGAGCUUCGUCCGUUGAAUUCAAAGUUGCGCUUCGCUCGACUCGAGCGAGCACGCCGAAUUAGAUACUACAAAUGAUAAGACCCACUAAGUGUAAUGUCGUUAGUUAGCGUCAAGUGUAGCGAAUAGUAGCUUAACUUCCGCAUAAUAAUUAAUAGUCAAUAUAUGAAUUUCGACAAGAACUGUCCCCAUGAUAGAAUAUAUCAUUGUUUCCUGUCUAACAGGAAAUCAUCCGGAAAAAAAAAAUAGUACACACGCUAUCGCUUGUAUACAAGUCACAUACACAAGUUUAAACACCCUCGUGUUUUUUUUUUAACAACAAUGUGUGGAAUACCACGGUAUCUUCACGGUUUUUUGCUGCUGCUGUUGCUUUACUCAAUCACUUAUCUUUUCCGACACUUUUAUGAGAUUGCGAUUACAUAAUGACGAUCUGGCGAUCUUGUAUAAAAUGCGAACGAAAAAACGGGACUUGUCCGAGUUAAGAAAUUUCACGUGUACACCGUGCUGCUUCAUAAGUGAAUUAUAUUUGUGACGAGACUGAACGAAGAAUAGUGCUUGAGAGCAGCUGGUAGAAAGAGAGAGAUAGAGAGAGAGAGGGCAAAAAGUAAAGUGAAACGAGGUAAAACAAAUCGAUAAACAAAGUGCUGUAUAUAAGACAUAAAGUAGUACUACUUUUGGAUUACGAGUAUGUAUUGCAGCUAGGCGAAAUCUGUUAUAUGAACAAUAAAGUGGCGUAUUUCAAGGA